CACUGCAGGUUGUUCCACAGGGCUUUCAGAGAGCUGAUGUCUCCUUCCGAUGCAUUCGCAUCACUCGUGCAAAGCACGCAGCUAAUAAGAACCCCACAGUGGAGCCGUUUCCUGACGGCUUGGAGAUGAUCAUGUUUGAGAGGCGCUUCUGGAGGAUGCUUGGUGUGUUCUCUACACAAGUGGGCUACGCUGGGGGCUUCACACCUAACCCUACCUACCAUGACAUGUGUUCAGGUUUAACAGGGCACACAGAAGUAGUGCGAAUGGUCUUCUCUCCUAAAAACAUCAGCUUAGAGAAACUUCUCAAAGUCUUCUGGAAAAGCCAUGACCCCACUCAAGGAAUGGCACAGGGGAAUGAUCAUGGCACGCAGUAUCGUUCUGCCAUCUACACCUACAGCCCAGAACAGCAAGAGCUGGCCAUGAGAAGCAAGCAUAUGUACCAGGAGGCUCUGACUAAGAAAGGCCUGGGUGAGAUCACCACAGAGAUCCGAAAGCACACUGAAUUUUACUUUGCUGAAGACAAUCACCAACAAUACCUGCACAAGGUGCCUAAAGGAUACUGUGGGUUAAAGGGCACCGGUGUCACAUGCUCUAUUAGAGGAGAGAAAGAUGAACUCUGACCCAGGGCACACAGGCAUUGUCUGCUAUUUUAAAGAGAUAGUUCACCCAGAAAUUAACAUCAUGUCAUCACUUAUUCAGCCACACGUUGUUCCAAAC